AUGUCAUGUUUGCUCUCUAGUAAUUAUUCACCAAACGCUAGUCAUUGUUACUUGUCCAACUAUAAGAUGAGUCAGCACCAUUCAUCCAUUCACAACAGUCAGAGAACAGUGUCCAGUUCACUUCAAGUGAAGAAACUAUCCUCCUCAAGAAGGUCCUCCCUUAAGAGAUUCAUCACAAAUAAUAGUACAUCAAAGGUAGUGAGAAAGGAAGACAUUGUGAUUAUCAAUGUUGAUGAGGAUUGUGCCAUUCUCCAAAUGAUAGACUUUCAUUUACAUGGUAAGAUGGGAAGAGUUGUUUCAAUUGUUGGUGACGAAGUAGAAUUGGAAAUGAUGAGAGAUUCAGACGAAGACACAGACGAUGAUUGGAUUUUUAUUGGAAAUAGUAGAGUUGUGGUACCAAUCUUUUGUCUCUGCCUUGAAGAUAGAGUUUUACAGAGUCGAUUACUUUCAUAA